GGAGCCAUGAAAGUCAUGUCGGCCGACAGCAAUGAAUACUUCAGUAUAGGAAGUGAAGUCAAGUGCACGACAUGUUAUGGUCAGGAAAUGCAAGGUCAAGUGAUGGCUUACGACCUUCAAACGAAGUUACUUGCACUUAAAUCACCGACAAAGAAUGGCUCGAAGCCUGGCAACAGUGACGUGCGUUUGAUCAACCUAUCUCUGGUCAGCAGCGUCAGUUUGAUCCACGAGGAGGAGAACAAAACUCUACCUGCGGUUCCUAACCUUAACUUCCAGAGGCUCAACUCAAGGCUGGAACAAAGCAGGAAAGAGAAGAUUAGACAAGCCAAUUCCAUUGGAGAAAACGUAUCUCCCGAAGCACAAAAGCUGUAUCUGGCAAUUACAAAGACGAUAGAGCCUGUGCAUUACCAGAGCCAGGAUAUAGUUGUGAUGAAUCAGGUGAUGAUAUCACCUCCUUACAGACCAGAAAACUGCAAGUGUAUUUCGCAAGCACCUUCCAGUGAACAAACACUGAACCACAUAAGGAAAAUUGUAGAGAAGUUUCACAACGACCAGAAGCUGCUGCAGGCGAGCGAAUCGGCGGCGUCAGAACAUGGCACGAUGAACGGGUGAACUCUCACCGACCCCACCACACGACCCCCAACCCCUGCUCUCCCGCCCACCAACUGCCCACUGCCGAUGAUGGUCAGACUCUAUAAGUUAUUGCUUCUGAGGCAACAGUAUGAUCAUGUCACCAGAAAACAGUCUUCCUGUAACACAUGACCUAUCUUCUCUCUAUCUCUCUCUCUCGAGAUUUGCAGCCCACACCUUAUCGUGUUUUGUUUUGCCGUAAAAGUGAAGCAGUAUGUCACCCACGUGCUUUUGGCCGUCUUAUAAGAGGUAACUGAGACUCGAUGUACAUAUUUGCCACAACCCGGUGGUCUGUCCUGGGAGGCAUUCGUCGAUUUCAGACGGGAAAUUUAAAAAUCACCUGAGAAAGCCUACGAACAAGGCUUAGGGUAAAACAUCAGCACGAAAAGGUCUUUUGGCUUGCUCGGUAAAAUGAUCCGGUAUACGCAGGAGGAUAUAUUUGAAUGUAAUUUUUUUUUCUCUUCUCAGUUCAGAAGGAACGAAAAUUAGUAGGAAAUUACUUUAUACCAUUUCAUAAUGAAAUAUUAGGCAUUAUAGGGUAUUGAUUUUUUCAAUAAGCCCAGACGCCAAACAACAUUACGUUAACAUUGGAAACGUAAUUUCACUUCAGCGUUUGACAAUGAAAUUCAGAAGUACAUAUACUCAUGGACAAGUAGCAUGAAUAGAGCAUUCGGCAGCAAAUGUUUCUAUAAUUUAUUUGAUUCGUCAGCAAAUUUAAUGUAUGCUUUGUUUGUAACUUUGAAUACAGUACGACAAUACUUGUCUAUGCUAAAAUGUCUCAGUUGGUUGUAUGUUGAGGAUGGUUGUUUUCUGGAUAAUUUGUUUUUGUUUUUGAAAAAUGAUGUUACCAUGUACAGCCACUUAAGAUAUGGUGGAAAAAGAAUACUUAAAUAAACAUAGCAUAAAUAGAUCCCAACCAAAAUUGAAUAUUAUAUGGAAUAAAAAUCGUUUGUGGCCAGUAACUAUUAAUCCCUCCAAAUUCAGGAAAUAAUUUUGGACAUGCAAAGCUAAGGAGCAGACGUAUCUUCUUUGAGAUACAUCAAAAGUAUCAACGACUGGUCCAUGCUGAUUUGCAGAGCACUAGAAUACGUGCGAAAUAUAACAGGUUUCGAACACUCAGUUGACGAUGUUGUGCUAGUUGUGCUAUGAAAGAUGUGAGCGGGCUGAAAACAGCAGUUAACGUAAUCUGCCACUAGAUGACAGCACUGUGUAAGGUUUGUGAAUUCGCUGUAACGUGGACCAUAGAACUAGAAUAGAACUAGAACUUCUAUUCUAGUUCUAUGACGUGGACUCGUGGGAAAGGGCGAGUUGCUGCGAAUAAUGUUGUGUGAGCUAUGUUUACACGUGUAUAUCACAGGCUAGGGUACUGGGUAAACCAACGCCGACGCGGAUAAAACAUGAACGUGUGCUACUAAUUCUAGCUGAUAUCCAGCGCAUCAGCUGACUGCUAUUUUUUGGCAGACAUGGCACAGAACUUGCAGUCGAAGGCAAGCGAUGCAAGGCCGCCUCUCCUCACUCGCGCAUGAGCAGGAGUCUGUGCUAACAUGCGCCGUCUAUGGUUGGCCAUCGUACUCAGGAAUAAUUAUUGUUACUGCGGUAAAAACAAUUUUCCCGGGGUUAAAUUAUGGCCCUUUUUACCGAAACAGGGGCCUUGUUACACAUAAUUUAACUGCGGAUAAAUUAUUUUUACCGUGGUAGAAAUAAUUUAAGUGCAGUAAAAUUAUUGCCCUUUUACCCAGAGGCCUUCUUACACAUAAUUUAACGAUGGAUAAAUUAUUUUUACUGAGGUUAAAUUAUCCGGAACAAGGCCUCUGAUUGGGUAAAAGGGCCAUAAUUUUAACCGCAGUAAAACUAAUUAUUUCUGAGUACGAUGGCCAAUCAUAGCCAUCUCUCCAUUGCUGCGACUCCUAGCAAUCUUGACCUAGCGCCCUCUACCGUUAAGUUAUGGGUAUAUUGUUUUUCAAACGAAAGGUCCCACUUUGUACAUGGUGUGCGCACCUGUUCAAGUUGUGCAAACACCUUUACAGUACAUCUCCGCAUGAUAACGUUUAUGUAGAGUCACUAUACUACUUUCACAUGAAUGGAUAAUCUGACCAAAUUCCUCUACGUCUGUAUCCCUUCGCUCAAUUACCGGAACCAAUUUCUUUUGUAAGGCGAAGGGUUAGAUACAAAGAGUUAGUCCGGUUAUACCGAAUGGAGUUGAAUCUGCUAUAGAAAUGCGUAACGCGUGAAGUUUAUGUCUGUCAUUUUGUCUCUGGUACCCAUGCGUGUGGGUGCAGCAGGCCGCGUGUGACGCCCCCUGGUGAGCUCGUGUGGCAGACUCAUUGAGAUGUGGUCCCUCUGGUGCCGACAGAGGUGCAAUGUCGACUUGUGAGCUUGUUUGUAGCAGAGAUUCACGUUACUAAAUCUACGUACGGGUGUUUACUUAGAGCGAUGGAGGGCGAAAGAGGAUUUGCUGAACAGGAAUUUAUGUCUAGCGAGUACUGGGGACUGAGGGGUGGGCAUCGCGUGUAGCUGAGUUACAGUGCGCAAGUAACCACGAAGCAUGCAGCCUGGGGCCAAUCGUCGAAAACGUGACAAAUACUACAAUACUAUUGUAAUGCUAUUGUAAUUGUAAUUGUAAUGUAAUUGUAUAAACGUAGUUAACUAUCAUUAGGCCAAGAUGCGAUAACUUUUGCACAACAGUUUGUGGGUUAAAGUUAUGGCUUCCUAGAUGGUGAUUAGUUAUAAUUAUUCACGAUGAUUCUGAGAACAGCCCCUUAGGUGACAUGCACGCCGGUCCACAUUUCUUCUCGAUCAAAUCAUUUCGUAGUGAUAUGGCGAGACAUGUAAUUUCUUUCAGAGGAUAACUGCUGGUGACAGUUCGAAAUUGUUUUUCAUCGUCUUUGUUGGUUAAUCAAAAUUCUAAAUUUCCAAAUCUAUAAUAUUUUUCGGUGCUCUUUUUUAGCUCAUCUGACGUAGUCAGAUGCAGCU